AUGGCCCCAGCAACGCAAUUUGAGGUCGCGCAGCCCCCAGACGACGCCGUAUCGCGCGUCGUCUUCGCUCCAGAAUCAUCAACACGGCUGCUUGUCUCGUCAUGGGACAAGAACGUCUACCUAUACGAAGUCGAGGAUGGCGAGACACCUUCAGCAGCACUGGUGCGCCAGUUCGAGCACCGCGCGCCCGUUAUGGACGUGUGCUUUGGCGCUAGCGACAACGAAGCCUUCACGGCCGGGGUGGACCACAGGGUGACAAGGAUCGAUCUGGAGACCGGCUCCCAGACUGUCAUGAGCGAACACACCAAGCCCGUCCGCUGCGUCGUCUUCUCCGCCGAGCACCAACUCCUCAUCUCCGCCUCGUGGGACAGCACGCUACACAUCCACAACACCGCCGCGCCCGACAGCCCCCCGGCCGUCGUCCAGCUCCCGGGGAAGCCGCACGCCAUGUCGUCGAGCCCGACCAAGGUCGUCGUCGCCAUGACCGCGCGGCUGGUGCACAUCUUCGACCUCCCCACCAUCGCCAAGCAGCUCGCCUCCUCGUCGGCGCCCGAGAUCAGGCCCUGGCAGUCGCGGGAGUCGUCCCUCAAGUUCCUGACCAGGGCCGUCGCCUGCAUGCCCAACGAUGCCGGCUAUGCCACCAGCUCGAUCGAGGGCCGCGUCGCCGUGGAGUGGUUCGAGGACUCGGCUGAGUCGCAGGCGCGCAAGUACGCAUUCAAGUGCCACCGGCAGGCGGCUCCUGAGGAGGAGGGCGGCGGGGACGUUGUCUUUCCUGUCAAUGCGCUUACGUUCCACCCUGUGUUUGGGAAGACGUUUGCGAGCGGUGGCGGCGACGGGACUGUGGCGCUGUGGGAUGCCGAGGCCAAGAGGAGGAUGAAGCAGUACCAGAAUUUUGGCAAUAGUGUGGCAUCGCUUGCCUUCUCGUCCAACGGGAAGUACAUGGCAGCGGGUGUCUGCCCCGGUUUCGAGACAGGGCAGGAGGAUUACAGUGGGCACGGCCAGAGACCAAGGUGGUCAUCAGGGAGUUGA